CUGGAGGGCCGGAAGCGGCGUGGGUCCGCCGGCCAGCGGCGUGCGGUGUGGCGAGUGCCGGGCGGAGGUUGGGGGGCUCUUAUCUCCGCCGGACGUUUCGCCCGGCCGUGUUUCUUCUCCGUUCAGCCUCGGGGCCCGUGAGGUGUCCUCAUGGCGGCCAUCUACUCCGGGGUUCACCUGAAGCUGAAGAGCGCCAGGACCCCAUGGGAGGACAAGCUGAAGCUCGCUCGCUUCGCGUGGGUUUCCCACCAGUGCUUUCUCCCCAACAAGGAGCAAGUAUUACUUGAUUGGGUAAGCCAUACAUUGGUUUCAUACUACAAUAAGAAACUUGAAUUGGAGGAUGAAGUUGUUGAGAAGCUUUGGGCAUAUCUAGACAAUGUUAUCCAUAGUAGAAGGCUACAGAAUCUUUUGAAGAGUGGGAAGACGAUCACUCUCAGCUUUUCAAUUGCACAGGUCAUAAAUGAAAGAUUAUCGGAGGCCUGCUCUCAAAAAAACCAGCAAAACCUUGGCUCGGUGCUGAGUUGCUCCAGCGGCAUCCUUUCUACUCCUUCACUCUCCAUCAUUUACACAGCAAAGAGUGAGCUCUUAGUUGACCUCCUCAGCAAGCUCUCUGAGCUGGCAUGUCAGCAGCUGGCUUCGGAAGAUGCUGUUGGCUCCCAGUUGUUCAGCAUCCUCCACCUUACCUUUGUACAGUACCUCCUGAUCCAGAGGCAGCAAACCAACCCAAACCGUGUGUUUGGGCAGGUGACAAGCCACUUGUUCCAGCCAUGUCUGCUACUGAGGCACUUACUGACCACACGGAGCUGGACACAGUCAGAUGACAACCACGUGCGUCAGUAUUUGAGCAGGGAAAUCCGAAAUCAAGUAGAGACAUUGUUGCAGGCUGGAUUAUUCCAGCCUGAGCUCUUCUCCUCCUACAAAGAGGAGUUGCUGCCAGAACGGGAACCUCAGGAGAAGAAGAAAGGAGCUUUGAAAAAUCUCUUGCUUCCAGUAAACACUGUGCAGACCAAGUUGAGGAGUGGCUUUUGUGAACCUGCCAUUCAUGGACCAGUUGUGGCUAGUGCAGUGUCCCUGCUAUAUAAACUCUUUCUGGACUCAUACUGCAAGGCAGAAAACCACCUUGUGUGUUUCCACAUGCUUACCAGGCUUUUUGACUGUCUCAGGCUCUCUGGCCUACAGCAGAGCGUGGGACAGGACACGCUUUCCCCUGCAGACUGGAGCACAGAGCUCCUUGCUUUGGAACAGCUUCUGAACUUGGUGCUUAACAAUGAUAUCUAUAACAUUGCCAGUGACCGCAUACGGCACAAGGAGGUACAGUUUGGGUUUUACUGCAAGCUGGCGCAGAUGUUGUUGAGUCACUCCCAGGCUUCCAUCCCAGCUUGGUUCAGGUGCCUCAAAGUUUUACUGUCAUUAAACCACCUUAUAAUAGAGCCCGACCUGCUUGAUUUAGUGGCCUCUGCUUGGGUUGAUGCAAAGGUGUCUGAGCAACGUGCAAAGAAGCCCCAGGAGGCUCUGAUCAACACCAUGUUUCAGACAUACUCCAAGCUGCGGCAGUUCCCACGGCUUUUUGAGAAGGUUCUGACAGUCAUUUGCUGGCCAGCUGUUGAUGAGCUGAGGCUGCCUGUCUUGUCUGCUGGAUUGACAGUGAAACUUCGCGAGUGCCUCCUUGAGCUGCCACCCAACCAGAUUCUGGACAUUGUGUGUCUCUUAGUGGAGAAAUGCCAGCUCCUUAUUCCUGCAGUUGAAAGGUCUGUUGACAUGGCCUUGAAACUGAUGUCAUUGAGCUCAGUGCUGCACGCUUUUCUGUUCAACAUGAGGAGUUUAGAUGAUGUCACUCCUUCCCCUGUGGUUCUUCGUAUGCAGAAUCUGCUGGCCAAGAUGCAACAAGAAGUAAUUUGUCCACUGAUAGAGCUGCUGAAGGCUCCUAGGAGAGAGGAAGAAAAGUCAGACCUUUGGCUAAGAAAGGCCAGUGACUCUGCUCUCCUCCUUGUUUACACUUGGAUUGAGGUAGACACUUUGUUUAAAAUUAGCUGCUGUAAAUAUGUGUCUCCAUCAGCUGAAACUGGUGGUGCUACUACUGCCUCUGCUGCAAAGCCCUGGGACAUUUCGACUUUCAUUCCUGGUAUGGAGGAGCAAUGUUGGGAGAGAGUCAUGGAACUUGCAAGUAGUUUUACCUCCACUAGUAAAUACUGCUUAGAACUGCUUGCACUUCAGAAAAUGAAAAUGAUUCUAAUGCAGACUCAGGCUGACGUACAGGCCCUGCAGCAAGCUGCAGCUUUCAUCAUAGGGUCUGGGAGAGCUAGCAUGAGCAGAGGAGAAUCUGAACCAUGGGAUGGAGAUAUCUGCACAAUAAAUGAUCUCACCUACCCCACAGCACACUGUCACCUCGUCAUCUCUAACCUGACUAUCCUGUUGCCAUAUAUUUCCCUGAAAAAUGUACAGGACAUUGCAGAUGUGCUUUUGGAGACGUUAGUAUUGACCAGAUCACAGGAAACUGCCACAGACCAGGAGCCUCCCAUCAGCAUUGGAAAGAUCUGUCUCAGUUUGAUGCGCAGUUCCUUUCUCCCUGAGAUGAAGGUUCUACAUUGUGCUUUUCUGACCAGCCUUAUUCAUCAGUUCGCGAAGGUGCUGCCCUCUGCUGCUCGGGAUUCGGUAGAUCUGCCGCUUCUGCAGCUGUCUGCAAAUGAUAUCUCUUGGCAUGAAGAAAUCCUGGGUCCUUGCAAAACGACUGACGCACUAUCAGAAAACAAACAACCGAAAGAUGAGCCCAGUUUAUCUUGGAAAACUCUGGAGAAGGUUGCCCAGUGUAUAUUACUGUUAGCAAAAAAUAGUUCUCCUGUCAUCCUGAAGGAAAGUCAAGUAGAAGGCUGUCUGACUUUGCUGGAAAUUACUUCUCUUCUGAAAUUAGACAGUCUUCUUCCCUCUGACUGUAUCCGGUGUUUUUUAUUGUUGCUGUCCCUGAUAGCAAAUACCAGGACUAGUGCCUCCUGCAGCAAGCUGUUAUCACUGAAGUUUUUAAGUACUUGCUUCCAUCUCCUCAGAUGUCUGCAAGCUGGCAGGAAUGCCAGCUCUGUUUUUAAAGUUUUUCAUGCCAGUGAUAUUCUUGAGGCCAUCUUAACGUCCCAACUUACAGCUAGCAAAUCCUUUACUGAUACUUUGACUGUUCCUGUUUGGACAGAAUAUCUCCAGGAAGUCCAAGCCUCUUUGGAACACUUUCUUCAGAUGAUUGUUGAAAGAAGGCAAAGUGUGAGGCUUAACUUGGAAAAGUUUGUCUCUUUCCUCUCAAGCUGCAAGCCAGAUGUCGGUGCAGUGAAAAGCAAAUGCAGGAAAAACUGGAAUCCCGCAGCUGAGCAAUUACUGCUCUUGUCAUUCACCACACUGUGUCACGUCCUCACGCUCUAUCUUCAGCAGCAACCAGAAAAGAAGCUGCAGUCUACAGACAUACUGUCUGCUUUGUUGGAGCCAGUAGUUCAGCAGAUGGGGAAAGCUAUUGAGCAUGGUCUUCAGAGUAACACCCCAAACCACCAUUUGCCUGUAGCGUUCAUACCAUCUGUCAUGACUCUUCUCAAGGCAGAUUUGAGCCACGCUGUCAGAAAGGGCUGGCAAAAGAAUCCUGAGGAGUCCUGUGCAUUUUUGGAGCAAUCUCGUGUUAAACUGUACCAAAAGUUUUACUCUCAGAUACUGAGAGAGCUGCCCUCUGCAGGAGGUCAUCUGCAGUUCCUUCAGUCUGCCUUGCGGUUUUUAGCAGUCUUCUGCUCAGUGCCAGAGCUGUAUCCUGGAAAAGAAAAUGCAGUCACUGUUGUUUUUGCUAUCCAAAAGCUUCUCACUGGUCCUGUGAUCACAAUUCAGGUGAUUCAAAGUAUAGAGGUGGAGCUGACAGAGGUGGUUUUACAGCUACUGGGAAACUGCUCUGCUGAAGAAUUUUAUGCCAUAAUGAGGCUUUUGCUGCAGGGACUUGAAAUGAGGAACACUUGGCAACAGAAGGCUAAAAGAGAAGGUGCGGGAUGACGUCAAAGGCAGAUGAUAUCAGGUGCCCUUCCUUUGUCUGCUACUACCAUAAUUUCAUUAAAGGAGACUACUAGAUUGAUCAGGUAUGAUCUCCCUUUGUGAAGCUGUGCUGGCUGUCUUGGAUCACCUCUUCAUCUUGUGUAUGCCAUUAUCUCUCUUCUAGGAGGAUCUGCUCCAUGAUUUUCCCAGACACAGACAUGAGGUUCACCAGCCAGUAGUUUCCUGGGUCUUCUUUUCUCCCUUUCUUAAAAAUGGGAGUGUUAUUUCCUUUUUUCCAGUCACUGGGGACUUCACCUGGCAACCGUGAUUCCCAAAUAUGACGGAGAGUGAUUUGGUGUCCAGAUCUGCCAACUCCUUCAGGACUUUGGGAUACAUGUCAUCCAGACUCAUAUGGACUUGUUCACGUUCAGCCUCAACAGGUGGUCUUGAACUUGCUCUUUGCUUACAUUAGGAAGGAUUUUUCUCCUCCAGCUGCUGCCUAGAAGUUCAGGGACACAAGAAAUUUGGGUGGCCUGACUGCCAGAAGUGACAGAGGCAAAGAACUCAUUGAGUCCCUCAGCCUUCUCCUUGUCUGUUGUAACAAAUUCUCCCUUGUCAUUUAUCAGAGAGGGCACACUCUCCUUGGACUGACUCUUCUGAUCAGUGUACCUGUAGAAUCCCUACUUGUUAUUUUUUUUCCUUGCUAAGUGUGGUUCCACUUUAACGACUCAGUAGCCUUAAUUCCAUGUAUUGUCAACAGAAAUCACGUUGUGAUGCUGAAGAUUUCUGCCAUGCUGAAUCUUUUCUUUUACUUGCUGAUUAGAGCUCUUCUAGAACAGGCAUUUAGCAGUCCGUGAGGUUAACUACUGCUUGUCUGUGAUUCUCCUUAACAGGUUUAAAGACAUUAUUUUUUGAAAUGAUAGUAGUUUUAAAUAAAACAAAGGCUGCACUCAUGCCUUUGGUAUUUGUCUCUAAAAUGACUUUUACUUUGUAAUAGUAAUAUUACUACUCAAAAAAUACUACUCAGUAGCUUUUUACUGUGCCUUUCUCCACAAAAGCUUAAGCAGCAGUGGUAACACAUGGAAUACUUCAGGCUAAAAAGCCAGCUGCACCCUCCAUAGAAAGCUCAGUGAUUUGAGAGGAAGACUUGAAUUAAACUUAGGAGUUAUCUGAUUGUCUUUUUUCUCAGAAGUAGACAUGAAUAUGCCACUUCAAUUCUUGAUGGCUGUUUGAAAGUACAUCUGGAAUUCCUGUAUAUGCAUGUGAGUCUACCCACCUGAGUGCAUAUAAGCACUGGAAUACAUAUGUAAGUGCUCCAAGGUUGAUAUACAGUGAUAAGACCAUUUUGGUUUGUAGUGUGUUUCUUUAUUCAGUUUGUCAAAACCAGAUUUCUUUUUUUUACACAAAUAAAAGUCUUGCUGUGAAAUGCAGCAUUCUUGGUAUAUCUUAGUAUACUAUUGUCCCUAUACUCCUCUGGCUUCCUUCUGCUAUGUAGUGGCUGCUAAGAAAGACUUUCCUUUCUUAAAAAUCACUUCAACCUUUUCAUACAGUAAGUUGAUUCUGAAUGUAGUAGGCUGUACAUUUGGGCUUGUGCUGCUCAGCACACUGAAUUUCAUUGAGCUGGUAAUUAUUUUGCUAUUUCCAGAGGGCUGUGCUGGUGGAAGGACUUUCAUGUGUCAAGGCUCUGGUGAUGCUCAAAACUGUCACAGCCCUUGAAAGAGCUCUUUUGUGCUUGAAAGGAACCAGUGCACCUUGUACCAUGACUGAUUGUC